AUGUCUGCCAAUAUUCCUCUCGUGAAGAUGCCCAGUGGUCACUCGAUUCCAGUCAUUGGAUUGGGAACAUUCAAGACCACGGAUAGGGAAGUCGUAAAGACGUCAAUAUCUGCUGCUCUAGACGCCGGGUAUCGCCACAUCGACACGGCACACAUAUAUCAAAACGAAGCGGACAUUGGGGAGGCCCUGAAGGUCAAAUUUGCCGAAGGUGGUAUCAAACGGGAGGACGUUUUCAUUACAACCAAGGUUGUUAUGCUCUGGGGAACGGAGCAUCAUCCAAUGGACGUGAGACCGGCCUGCGGGGAGAGUCUGAGAAAGCUGCAGCUCAGUUACGUCGAUUUGUAUUACGUACACUGGCCUGUGCAUCUACUGCGUCAAGGUGAAUCGCGUGGCCCAUUCACCCUGGAAGACACUUGGAGGGAGAUGGAAAAACUCGUCGAUGCGGGACUUGUCAGAUCCAUAGGCAUCUCCAAUUUUAACAAAGCCCAAAUUGAUCGAAUUAUGGCCAUUGCACGCAUCAAACCAGCAAUGCUCCAGAUAGAGUCGUCUGUUGUGUUCCUCAACGAGAAGCUUAUAAAGUAUGCCCAGCUGAUUGGACUCCCAGUGACUGCUUAUGCGCCCUUUGGGUCGCCGGGAACUUCUCCUGACUACGCCAACCCUCUGGAAUUGCCCUGUGUCCUGGACAUCGCGAAAGCCCAUGGCAAGUCUCCCGCCCAGGUUCUUGUCCGACACGCACUUCAGCGCCAGCUUGUUGUCAUUCCGAAGAGCACCAGCCCCAAACGCAUACUGGAAAAUAUCAAGGUUUUCGACUUUGAACUUUCACCAGUGGAAAUGGAGGCACUAAACAACGCCGAGCCAAAUCAGUGUCGUCGAUUCGGUCUAAGAGCAUGGUCGAAACUCCCAGAAUAUCCAUUCGACGACGAAUUAUGA